AUGGAGGAUUUAAUGAUGCCAGAGGGAGAAAAGGUCUCCAUGGAGAACUUUGCUCUUCUCAGAGUUCUUGGAAAAGGAGCUUAUGGAAAAGUGUUCUUGGUGAGAAAAGUUGGAGGAAAGGAUCAUAAUACCAUAUAUGCGAUGAAAGUACUCAGAAAGACUAGGGUGAUGACAAAACCAAAAACCCUGGAGCACACAAUGGCCGAGCGUCAAGUUCUCGAACGUCUUCGUGGUGUUCCAUUCCUUGUGAAUCUUUAUUACGCAUUCCAAACUGACACUAAAUUGCACAUCGUAAUGGAGUAUGUCCGUGGAGGAGAACUAUUUACUCAUUUGUGUUCAAGAGGACAUUUUGAUUUGGAAGCUGCACAAUUUGUGAUCGCUGAAUUGGUUGUGGCUAUUGAUAGUCUACAUCAGAGAAAAGUGAUUUAUCGAGAUUUGAAAUUGGAGAAUAUUCUACUUGACGAAGAGGGUCAUGUUAAAUUGACAGACUUUGGAUUGAGUAAACUAUUCUCGCCAGGAGAACUGGACAGAGCUAACUCCUAUUGUGGAACUAUUGAGUAUAUGUCCCCAGAAGUGAUAAACCGUCCAGAAGGUGGAUACAGUGAUGUUGUUGAUUGGUGGUCACUUGGUGUCAUUUCAUUUGAACUUCUAACUGGAUGCUCUCCGUUUACCGUUGAUGGGGGUCAAAAUUCAAGCAAGGAUAUUGCAAAAAGAAUCCUCACAAAGAAAGUGCCAUUCCCCAAAACAAUGGACGCUGAUGCACGAGAUUUCAUUGGACUUUUGUUGGAGAAAAAAUUGGAGAAACGAUUGGGAUAUGGUGGAGUUGAUGAGAUCAAGACACACAAGUUCAUGGCAAAUAUUGAUUGGGCAGCUGCUGAGAAACGAACUCUGAAACCAGUGAUUGUUCCAAGAAUUGGACAUGAUUUGGAUACGCAAUUCUUCUCGGCAGAAUUCACUUCACAGCCUCCAUUGUAUUCACCUGCUGAAUCGCCAUUGAACGCAACUACACUAUUUAGAGGAUACUCCUACGUCUCCCCAUCUGUCAUCUUUGCCAAUGACAACGUAAUCGGAGAGGAGCUCAUGGCUGAAGACGUGAAUGCCCUUCUCGCCAGUUCCUCAUUUUUCGCCAAGUACAAAUUAGACAAAUCGGAAAAUGGACUUUUAGGAAAAGGAGCGUUUUCUGUUGUCAGAAGAUGCGAACGUGUAGCUGACGGUGCCCAGUUCGCUGUCAAAAUAGUGUCUCAAAGAUUUGCUAGUCAAGCACAACGAGAGGCAAGAAUUCUUGAAAUGGUACAAGGACAUCCGAAUAUUGUACAGUUACAUGAUGUUCAUUCGGAUCCACUUCACUUUUAUUUGAUUAUGGAGCUACUCACUGGAAAUGAAUUAUUGGAAAGAAUCAGAAAGUUAGAACGGUUCACAGAGUGUGAAGCGGCAGAUAUUAUGAGACAACUCGUAUCAUCCGUCAAAUAUCUUCAUGACAAGAGAAUCGUUCAUCGAGAUUUAAAACCAGAAAAUAUUCUCUUCGAAAGCACUGAUUCCAAUGCGCGUCUCCGUCUCGUCGACUUUGGUUUCGCACGUCUUCUGCCGAAUCCAAUGGAGCAACAACUGAAGUCUGUUCAAGUUCUCCGCAAGAUGACACCAUGCUUCACAUUGCAAUAUGCUGCUCCAGAAGUAUUGGACGUUGGAGAUUCACAGCCGGAAUACAACGAGCAGUGUGAUUUAUGGUCUCUUGGAGUGGUUCUGUUCACAAUGCUAUCGGGUCAAGUUCCAUUCCAUGCUCGUUCUCGUCAGGAAUCCGCCACUGAAAUUAUGCAAAGAAUCUGUCGAGCUGAAUUCUCAUUUGAAGGUGAUGCCUGGACAAAUGUCUCAUCAGACGCUAAGAAUCUGAUCACUGGUCUUCUAACCGUCGACCCAAAGAAACGACUUUCGAUGCAAGAGCUGACUGCUCACAUGUGGUUAAAGUCGUCUGCUGCUAUGGAUACACCACUUCAAACCCCAAGCAUCCUUCCUUCUUCUGCUGAUGAAACCUUCAAUGAGACCCUGCGCGCCUUCCUUCAUGCAAACCGGGACGGAUUCCACUUGCUUGAUGUGGCAGCUGCACCUUUGAUGAAACGACGAGGAAUCAAGAGACAGUCUGGGGAUAAGGAUUCGACUGGAAACACAAAGAACUCUCGAAUCACCCAAUUCGAGUGUCUUCCGGAAGAGCAAGAAAUGGAGAUGACGUCAUCAACAUCUCGCCCUAGUAAUCUUGGAAUGAUGAAUUAUCGCGAGCCUAAUUCUGGAACAAUCCGAGAGACCCGCGGCUCCGAUUCAUCUUAG